CAAUUUACAUACUGAAAAUAUUUAAAAACAAGGAAGAGUAAACUCCGAAAAAAAAGUAUAUUAACUACAAUAGGAAAUGUAGUUUUGUGUUUGUGUUCCCCGCGCGGGCGCGCGCGCGCAUGUGGUAUGAUAGAGGAAGAAAAGUGGGGAUAGUGCGCGAGUGAGAGAGUAUCAAGCGAAAUGCAGUUUGGAGCGAGACAAAGAGAGAGGCUCAUUUACAAGCAAGAGAGGGAAAUACUAAUACGAAUUAUGAGGGACAGAGAUCGAACAUUCGAAGCUGACGUCAUAAGCUGCAGCUUCAAGGAGGUUUAAACGAGAGUACCAGUUCGUUCUUCGUACCCAUACGUUGCGCUCCCGAUAAAAACCAACGCCGAUAGUUCGUAUCUUCUUAUCCCAUGACAGUUGCUUAUAAACCGUUGCGUAGAAUGGAUCGGUGUUUCCUCUUCAAUAAUAUGCAAAUACGACAUUAAGUAAUUCAUAAUACAUAACAAUUGUAUAGAUAAUUAAAAGAAAAUAGGAACCCUCCCUUUAUUAGCGUCCAAAUUGAAUGUAAACGAUUGCUCGCCGGGUUAGAAUCCCAUAUUUUCCACAAAGCUAUCAGAAUAACUUAACUAAAGUGUUGUGCAUCACAUAUAAUUCGAAAAAAGAUGGUGCUUUCAGAAUGUUAUGGAUUCCUCAAGUAUGCGUUGAUCUGCGUGAACCAUAUAUUUUGGGUUGUAGGUCUGGCAGCAGUAAUCCUAGCGGUAUGGAUACUAACAGGGCAGACAUUCCUGAUAUCCCUGGCUGAGGAACAGCAUAAUCUCAAUGCCGGUCUCUACAUCCUGCUUGCAGCUGGGAUCCUGAUGCUGAUAGUCGCUCUACUCGGUUGUUGCGGCGCCUUCCGCGGGUCCCAAUGCAUGCUGGUUGCUUUCUUCAGCUGUCUGCUGGUGGUUAUCGUCGCGCAAAUCGCGGCCGGAGCAUGGCUGUACACCAACAGCAACCGCCUCGAGAAACUGGUCAAGUCUUCCGUGAUAAAUACCGUUAAGAACAAAUAUGGCGUGGAUACUGCUCACACAGAAACCGUGGAUACUUUCCAAUCAGAUUUGGGAUGUUGUGGAGCAACUGGCCCAGCGGAUUGGACAGGUAGCAAAUACGCGAGGAGCGACUCCUCGAGUCCCAUCAGCAUAACCGUUUCUGGAGACCCAAAUAACGUGUUCAAAGUACCCGAAUCCUGUUGCAAGGACAAAGAGAGCAUUGCUUGCAAAGCAGCUCAGAAUAUCAAAGUGGCCAGUGUAGUUAGCCCAGCAAUUUACAGCGAGGGUUGCAUAGACAAGCUGAUGGACGCACUGAACAGUCAGAGGAAUAUAGUGAUUGGCGUGGCCGCUGGCAUAGGCAUCCUGGAGCUGCUUGGGCUGAUAUUUUCCUUGGUGUUAUGCUGCGCAAUCGGUUCUUCCGACAGAUACAAAGCUUGAGCGUAAUGCGUUAUUAGGAGCUGAUGUGUGUAUAAACCUUCCUUAACGCCACAUAUCGUCGUGUCACAAUCUUUUAACCGGUAUCGCGAUUAUUGAUCUCUGUGCCAAUCCGCGUAGGUUUCUCGUAUCUGUCCGUAGAUUCCGAUCGGAAUGAGAAAGAUGCUUCUCGAGCUGGGAUUUCACACAAAAACGAGGGUUCUGUUUCCAACGUCCAAAUCGAAUCUCUUAUAUUGACAAUGUUCUGACAUGUACGAUUUCAGUACUGUGUACUAUUUGUAUAUUCUUCGCAAGAUUUUUAGACAUUGUAUUAUUACUAUCCUGCUCAGGGACGGAAACGAUCAACUUUUUAUCCGUAUAUAUUUUAUAUUUUCCGUGAUUUUCGUUUGCACAAUGCUGGGUGAUGCUAUCAGUUUAGCAAAUUAAACAGUUUAGCAAUUAAUCUCCCGGCUGCGCUAGAAAUGCUAAUUUUCCAAAUCACUCUGUACAUUCGUACUCCUUAAUUAUACGUUCGUCGACUCGGAAUUUUAUUUUCAUAAUGAACUCUAUACACUCAUGAAAUCAAAGAGGGAACGUUGGGUUUAAUAUCGAGGAAGGUGCGUACAAAGAAUUUUAUUUUUUCUUUUCUUACUGCCAAAAUGUUUUUUCUAUCUGUACAUCUCUUUUUCCAUUAUGCUAAAUGAGCAUUUAAUAAUGUUUUACAGAGUACCUAAGUAUAUGAUUUACACUUUUGUUAGGCCAAAGUAGUAGACCAAACUAAUGUUAAUGUGUUAAUGAAGCAAAAAAGCGAAAGAGAAUGAGAGAGCGAGAGAGAGAGAGAAAGAAGGAUGAGUUGAUUGGAUUUUGCGUGAGUAAUAAAGAUGUCGAUAACUCUUUAUUGCAACUGGUAUAUGCAAAAUAUUUUACGAAUUCUCUCUUUAGAUUGUUCUACUCUGCAGACUGCUGUAAAAUAGUCUUUAUUCUUUCUGUGCAGGUAUAAAAUAUUCUCAAUAUGGCACAAUUUUUUUACCAUACUUUUUACUAUAUUUUGGAAACAUUUUUGGAAGUCUUCUUUCAUUUAUUUUUAUAAAAGAAAUGAAUGAGCCUGACCAACUUGAGAGUAAUUUUUAUACCACGUAUAUGAUAUUGAAGUGAAUUUAUGAAAAUUGAACGUUGAAGGAAAAACAGAUGUCUCGUUGAUAUAGAUUUAAGAAAAAAUUAUUUUUAUUCAUUAAAUAUGAUUUCAUUCAAAAUGUGAUACAGGUGGAUUGAAAAAUAAUUUAAGUUGGUCAGGUUUAAUAUAAGGCUUUAGUGGAAAAUUAUUCCAAAAUUGUUCGGUUAUUGCCAAUGUACCAGUUUUAAUAUACAUAAGUAUAUAUAUAUAUAUAUAUACAUAUAUUAUAAUAGAAAAAAAAAAUGCUCUGAAAAGAUCAAUCUGAUAAUUAAUAUUGAUGUCCAAAUGAGAUUAUAUUAUUAUAAGAAUGCUACUAAGCGGUUUUAUCUCUUGUAGCGUUAUAGUCUAUCCAUGUUAUCUUUAAAAUAAAAAAAAAAAAGAAAAAAGAAAAGUGGUAAACUUUUAAGAGAGAAAAAGAGAGAUGGAGAGAAAGAGGACAUAGCUAAACAGAAGCAACUAAUUUUGUAAAAGUUAGCUCGUUGCUGUAAAAAUUCAUGUGAUUUAUUUUAUCGGUGUUCGAUGCUUUCUGAAUACAAUAUUUUUUUAACGAGGGGUUUUAGCAUAUUGAUUAUCGAUGAAAUUACUUAGCAGCGAAACCGAUCAGAGAUAUAAAUGUUUCAUUAUAGAAAUUAUAAGCGUAAAAUUUCGUGGGAUGUAUUAAAAAUCGCUGCUGUUAAUAUGUAUGAGAUAAAUAAUUAAUAUUACGCAUACGUUUAAAAAAAAAAAGAUAUGGUACCUUGAACAAAUUGAUAAUCAUAUUGAAGACCUAAAUGUUUCAAGAAGUAUACUGUCGUAAUGAGUAAGAGCUGCUUUUGGAAUAGUUGUGUCUUAAUAGAUGUGAUUUACAGAUUUGACGAUGAAUCUUUAGUAUAGGCAGUGUGUAAUAAUAACGAAUAGAGCAAAUGUUUAUUAACUGUUUCACUAAUAUUCAUCGUCAAAUGAACUAGUAUAGGCUAAAAUGAAAAAAAAAAAAAAAGAAAUCUGCACAUUUAUUCUGGUGAUGAGUAUGAUGGUACAAAGCAAGAUUGCGGAAGUAUUUAAAUUCUCUUCUUUUUUUUUUUUUUUUCUUUUUUUGAGUAUAUGUGCGUUGAGCCAAUCAAAACGUGCAGGAUACAGAUCGUGGUAUCUAGUCUGUAAAAAUUGAAUUCCUAAUUUACCAAGUUUAUUUCGUCUUCGGAUUUAUACAUUGUUUAUUACAUCUAUAAUGAAUCAACAGAUUGAUGAAUCAGUAUAUCAAGGAAUUUUAUUAUUUAUCAAAACGAAGUGAACGUUUCAUAAAUUUAUUGAAAUAUAAUAUUAUUGGUAAGCAGUGUGUUGAUCUGGUCGCUUUGUUAUAACAUUAUUUUCAUCUCUCUUUUCUUUUUUUCUUACGUGUGUAAAAAAAAAAAAUAAUAACGACGUACGCAACGACAGUGUAUAUUGUCUCUUUUAUUAACCAGAAAUUCUUAAAACUGAUAUAAAAAUUGUACAAUUUAGUCUGCCUUUUUUUUUUUUUCGUACAGGCGUCGUUAUCAUUUCACGACAAAUGACAUUUGAGAAAUUCUGGUUAAAUCGAUAGAUAAUCGUCUAUGCGCAUGUACACGCGCAUAUAUCUGAUGUUAAACGUACAUAUGUAAAAACAAAUGAUAGCUAAGAAUACGAGAGCACUGUGCCACUUAUAAAAGUAAGAAUGAUUGCCUGAUGAGCAAAUGAAAAGACGGUAUUUCGAUUAUUUUAAAUUGCGGCUAUAUUUAUAAUUUCCAGCUGUUCGUUAAUUAAGCGCAAUACUCUGUGAAUCGUGAAGUUCGUUUGUCAAUUAUCAUGCGUUCGUAUAACGUGCGAGUUUAAUUUAAAUAGUCUGAUCUCGAGCAAAUCUUUUCGUCGUCUCGACUUUUAUAAUGGAAACAAUUGAAUUUAAAUUUUUUACCUUUGUGCUCGUAACAUUUCUAAGAGAGAAUGAUAUGAAACUCGAGCGUAAAUUAUAAAUUCGAGUUCAAACGUAUCACAUUACGUUGUACAUUCGCUGAUAUAACUAUUCCACUGUGUAAAAUCUUUGAUUAUAUUUUAUUGGAUGAGGAUGAGUUUGGCAAGCGUCUCGAAGAGUAAACGAUCGCUGUUGCACGUUUUUGUACAUGCGUGUUAAUUAUUAUGUAAAUUCCGUCGGUCGCUUUUGCUUGCACGAUCUUAUGGGAAAAUGAAGAAACCGAUACGAGCGAUAGAUGCGAUUUUAAUGCGAAAGAAAUCAUAAGACGAAGAGAAACGUACAAGAAACGAGAAAUAAUAUAUAUUGGGAAAUAUUGUUCGAAAGUGUGAAUGUUAAAAUCGAGAGUAUGUCAAAAAAAAAAGGCAAACGAAGAUUCCACACUCGAGAUAUCAAAAAAAAAAAAAAAAGAACAAAGGAGAAUAGUAUAUAUUCAUAGAGCACGUGACAAGAUUAUCACUCGUAUAACACCGUUCUUGAUUUUGAUAUUAAUAUAUUUAUAUACACUUACAUAAACGUAUAUAUACAUGUAUAUACAUAUUUUCUUACUGAUUUUUAAACGAGAUACUUUCAUUCUCACUGAUUUUUCAUCAUUUAUUCCUUUGAGAAAUGUUUAUACACGGUUAUAUUGUAUGUUUCCUUAUACAAGAAAAAGAAACACGCAGGUUUCACCUUGGUAUAAUUCUGUGUAGCGUGUAAUUACCAAAUAAGAGGAUAAGUCGCACUGUACGAUUCAUUUCUUUUCGCUGGUAUUUCUAUU